UCCCAGUGAGGACUGGCACACUGAGUGGGGAGAGCAGGGGAGCACAGCACAAGUCCUGGGGGCGGUUUGAGCUGAAACUAUUCCACCGCCAGACUUCCAUCGACAUUCCUCCGUGUGUGCGGCCACACAGAGCGGAGCCAAGGCGGGUUUACGGCGCGUAAUUACGCACGAGCAUACGACGGAUCUGCGGUGUCACCGGCUGUGGACACCGGCGGACAAAGGGAAGAAGGCGAGCGGGCUGGAGUACAACAACUGACUCGAGAGGAGGAGUGCUGCUGGAGGGGGGGAACCAGGGGAUCUGGAGUCGGAAGUGAUUUCUCUUCUUUCUCUCUUUUCCGAAAUAUAACUUGCGCUUCAGGAUUUCACAUGAGAACAUAAUCGAGUUUGGAGACGCAGAGGAAACACGGGACGGAGAGAGUUCGUGAGUGGAAUCUUUCCCUUGAACCAUCAUCCAGAGGAGCAUGGGAGGAGUUGUCUACGAGCUGUAAAAUGUACCCGCUACAACGAGAGAGGGAGCAGCCCAUCUUCAGCGCCAGAGCUCAUGUCUUCCAGAUUGACCCGGCCACCAAACGCAACUGGCUGCCGGCCAGCAAGCACGCCGUCACCGUGUCCUUCUUCUACGAUGCCAGCCGCAGCGUGUACCGCAUCAUCAGCGUGGGGGGGACCAAAGCUAUCAUCAACAGCACCAUCACCCCCAACAUGACCUUCACCAAAACCUCCCAGAAGUUCGGCCAGUGGGCGGACAGCCGGGCCAACACGGUGUACGGACUGGGCUUCUCCACCGAGCAGCAGCUGCAGCAGUUUGCAGAGCAGUUUAAAGAGGUGAAGGAGGCAGCCCGCCUGGCCAGAGAGAAAUCCCAGGAGAGGUUUGAACUGGCCAACCCGGCCCUCAGCAUCGCAGCUCCACAGCUCUCCCAGGAGUUGUCGGAGGAGCGACACUCGCCGCCGCUGUUGACCGUUAACGGGCCGGGCGAGGAGAAGCUGUUCCGCAGUAAGAGCGCCGAAGUGGAACUGACGGCAGAGAAGGAGAGAGUCAAGAAGAUGCUGUCUGAAGGGUCCAUGUGUGAGAUAAACCUGGAGGCUGAGCUCUUCACCCUGCAGGACAGUAACGCCAAACUGGUGGAGGCGCUGGAGGAGGCCAACAGCAGCGUGGAUGAGUGGAAGAAACAGCUGGCUGAGUACCAGGAGGAGACGGAUCGCCUGCGAGACCAGGUGGAGGAUCUGGAGGCCCAGCUGGGGCAUCCUGCUGCCGCUCAGACUGGUAGAGAGGAGCUGAACCGCUCGCUGGAGGAGCUGGAGGCCCUGCUGAGCGCCAGAGACCAGGAAAUUCACAAUCUACAGAGCAAGAAAACCGAUGUGAGCGAGCUGGAGAGGGAGAGAGAAGAUGCCACGCAGAGACUGCAGGAUCUGGAGAGACGAAACACGGAGCUGGAGGACCGGGUUCAGAGCGCCGAGACCACACUGGCCUCCAGCCGGGAGGAGCGGGAGCAGGCGGAGGUCGAGGUCCUACGCAUCAUCGAGGCUCUGGAUGUCAAAAUCUGCGACCUGAAGGACCUGAGACAGAGCCUAGAGAAACUGGUUGACAAAUAGCCUCCGUUGGGCGGUUGGGCUGCAUCUCCACAGUCAGAGCCCGUCUCCUUCAUGUGGCCUUGAUUUGUGUUUCACUGAUUUAACAGCAGAGGAGGAAUCAAAGUAAUAUGAAUCAAAGGAGGGAGACACACACAGGCGUUUACCUUCAUGGAUCUGUUUUCUAGGAUCAAUGCAGGAAAACACACGAAUCAGAAACCUCUUACAGGUGCAGAAUAAUCCAUCUGCACCGUGCAUCAUUGUUACUUUCACCUUGGGAUAAUAAUCAUUAGCAUAAUGAGGUUUGUUCUAAUUGGCCACUGCUACUUGUUGUUCCAUGUCAUAAUUCCCACCAGCUGCACGUCCUUCAGUCCCUCAAUUCUGAAGAGCAUGAAAUUAUUUUUUCAUCCUCCACCGUCACUGACAAGUCCCUCAAAUAGGUGAGGUCCAAUAGCUCUGGUAGAACAGCGCCCCCCCUCCUAAUUUUGAUGUCAUAGCAGCCGGAUGUGUAAGGUUAAAAUCUGACCUGGUAGUUAACAGAGUAAAAAGUACAGAGCAGAAGCAGAAAGACCCUUAAAGUCUUUUCAGCAGGGGUCUCAUGUUGUUAUGGUGAUAAAAGUGAUGACUUCACAGCAACACACAGUUCUGCACAAAGCACCUUUUAAACAGGGAUUUAGUGUUUUGAAAAGACAUGUCCAAAAGGUGCCGGAGCAUUUUCUACUUGUUCUUUAGUUUUUUUUGGUGUUAUCUAUUAUUAUUUAAUACAAAAUCUAUUAUGAUUUGCUUCUAAAUCUAUAAGCACAUUAGUUUAUCGAAGGAAGAAGCGAGAGGAGGAGCAAGACUUGGGAACAAUAAAUAACUAACGACCUGUCAAACUGACAGCAGGAGCUGCAUCAGGGAUGGAUGGUUGAAAAAUAAAGUUGAAUGGACAAUAACAUUUUAUACUUAUUCUAAACAUUAAUACUUAAUAAUGCUGGACACAUAGAAACCACCGCGACUGCCCAUAAAGGCUUUUUUUAGUGCAGUUUGGCAGAAGCCCAUUUUCACAUUAGAUUAAUGAGGCUCACUCGUAAUCUAAAUCUAACGUUUCCCAUGCUACCGGUGAAUCUUAAAAAGUGAGAGCUAGUGUGGCAAUUACAAAAUAAUCAAGCUAAUCAAGCUAAUCAAGAAACACGUCGUCUUUUGUACAAUAACAAGCUUUUGUUUAUUUGGGCUGUGGAGAUGCACCCAGCAGGAGUUUGGUUGUGGUCAGAACACAUGGAGGCAAAGACCCUGAAGACAGUCAGUUCCGGUUCACCAUCAGCACCCUGCACUGGACCACUGCUCCAACAUCAACACAAGAGAAGACAAAAAACAACCUGCUCCCGUUGUGGUCUGAGGAUCACCAGCUCAUGUUUCAUAAGGACUGCCUCUCUCUCUCUCUCACCUCUCACUCCAUCAUUCAGGUCCAUCGAUGAGUUCCUCACAGUCUAGGUGGGACAUCAAGCUGCAGCUGGUGGAUUGCUCCUCUCCACCGGCCUCUGACAGGUUGAUCCUGAUGAGCUGAACCUGAUUUAGAAAAUGUCUGUGCCAACUUUAAUUUUGUCUACUUUGUUGUUUACAAGUUUUUUGUUGUUGUUGUUGUUUUGGUCCGUGUUCACACAAAUUAAUCUCGUUCUACUUUGUGUACUUUGUGCUUCACGACACCACAGUUUUACCAUUCUAGUAAUAAUAACCCUGAGGCUUAGUGAAGCGGCAGAGCGUAGAUCAUUAGAGAGCACUGCAUGAGCUCGGCAGAAGCCCCCGUACCUGCCGAGUAAAGUGACGCACGUUACUCAGCAGCGUGCCACCUCCAGUUUAAAAAAAGCACAACUGCAGUAGUUUUAGCGACUGGGUACUUAAUUGACUUGUCCGUCAAGCUUUGUAUGUGAACUUCUGACGCACACUAUCGGUCUUCGCUUCUCACCCUCUGCUGAUGAGUUAUGGAUUUCUUCACAUGACGGUAAUGUAGGUACAGUUGAGGUGCAGCUCCUCACAACUGAUGAUGCAGUAGCUUCCACUGAUGAUGACAAACAUCGUCCGAAUGCGAUCCAAGCAGGUCAGAAGACUAAAUCUGUCCAUGUCAUAAGUUUGCCGGACACCGUUGUAGCAUUAUUACACUGACCAGCCAUUAACACCUUGUGAGGCUUCUGCCAUUGUCAACUGAUGGUGUAUUUAUUAUUACUCCUUCGCAGUUUCUUUGAGAUUUUCUUUUGUGCAGUUCCCAAUGAUCACCUCAGCCAUUUCAUCAAACCUAAUGCAGUAGUAAUGUUAAUGUUACUGCAUUGAUCACUUUAUUGUUUUAAGACUUCAUCACUUUGACAGUUGCUACACCAUCUGGCAUUUGGGGCCUCAGCUGCUACAUGCAAGUAUAUGACUGAAUCAGCAAUAAAGUUUUUUUUUUUGCA